AUGAGUGACGAAGAGUCAUAUGCCGUUGAGGCAAAGAGGGUCACCGAUGAGUCUCUUCAGAAAGAUGGCGACAAUGAGCUAUCAGCAGCCGAUCUGGAGCCUUUUGGAAAUGAGGACAAGGCUGAGGUCAAGUACCGUACCAUGAAGUGGUGGCACUGUGGAAUGCUCAUGAUUGCGGAGAACGUCUCAGUCGGCAUUCUGUCUCUUCCGUCUGCUGUGGCCACCUUGGGAAUGGCACCCGCUGCAAUCAUGAUUGUGUUCAUCUCUGCCCUCUCGUGGUAUACGGGAUACGAAAUUGGCCAGUACAAGCUCCGUCAUCCCCAAAUUCACAGCAUGGGAGACGCCGGCGAGCUCCUGAUGGGCCGUUUCGGUCGCGAGUUACUGGGAAUCGGCCAGUUGCUGCUCUUGAUUUUUCUCAUGGCCAGUAACAUUUUAAUGUUUAAUAUCUUGAUGAAUGUGCUGACCGACCACGGCACAUGCACUCUCGUUUUUGGUGUGGUUGGACUGAUUAUCUGCUUCCUUGGUGCUUUGCCCCGGACUAUGGACAAGGUUUACUUGAUGUCUGUCAUUUCUUUCCUAAGCGUUUUCAUCGCGACGGUGGUGACCAUGGUCAGCGCGGGUGUCGAGAGCAAAGGCGACAUCCCGCUUUAUUCCACCACAAAUGUCGGGUUCCGUGAAGGCUUUCUUGCGGUCACCAACAUUAUUUUCGCUUACCUCGCUCACGUCGCAUACUUCGGCUUCAUGUCUGAGACUGAGGAUCCACGAACCUUCAACAAGUCACUAGCCAUGCUUCAAAUUGUCGACACGGUCUUGUAUCUGAUUAGUGCCUUGAUUAUCUACCGCUACAUUGGGCCCGGUGUGGAAUCGCCGGCAAUCUUGUCUUUGAGUCCUGUCAUGAAAAAGGUCGCUUGGGGUCUUGCCAUUCCAACUACGAUUCUGUCGGGAGUUGUUCUUGGUCAUGUUGCAUGCAAAUACAUCUACGUGCGGCUUUUCCGUGGAUCUGACAAGAUGCAUAGCCGCAGUUUCCUUUCCAUUGGAACCUGGGUCGCCAUUUGUCUGGGUGUCUGGGUCAUUUCAUGGGUUGUGGCGGAGUCGAUUCCGGUAUUCAACGAUUUGCUCAGUCUUAUCAGCGCGCUUUUUGGAAGUUGGUUCAGCUUCGGACUGCCUGCUAUCUUUUGGUUCCAUAUGAACCGUGGAAAGUACUUCCAAAACGCUAGGAAGACGUUUUUGACGAUCAUCAAUGUUUUGGUUUUGGCUAUUGCAUGUGCUAUUUGUGGUUUGGGAUUGUGGGUUUCUGGCGUUGCAAUUCACGAAGACUCGGGGGCUAAAGCUUGGUCUUGUGCUAAUGACGUGUGA